CUCGCCUCUCGGCUGCUGCGGCCUCCUCGCCCCGGCCCCCCUAACGCCCGCUGUUGUGAUGCGUAUUCCCGUAGACCCCAGCACCAGCAGGCGCUUCACACCUCCCUCCACGGCCUUCCCCUGCGGCAAGAUGGGCGAGAACAGCGGCGCCCUCAACGCGCCGGCCCCGGGAAGUCGCAGCCGGCCGGAGGCGCGCUCCGUGGUGGACGUCCUGGCCGAUCACCCCGGCGAGCUCGUGAGGACCGACAGCCCCAACUUCUUGUGCUCCGUCCUGCCUUCGCACUGGAGGUGCAACAAGACGCUCCCCGUGGCCUUCAAGGUGGUUGCCCUUGGAGACGUGCCUGAUGGCACUGUGGUUACUGUCAUGGCCGGUAACGAUGAGAACUAUUCAGCGGAGCUCCGGAAUGCCUCUGCGGUCAUGAAAAACCAAGUGGCCAGGUUUAACGACCUUCGCUUUGUUGGACGGAGCGGCCGAGGAAAAAGCUUCACAUUGACAAUUACAGUCUUCACAAACCCCACCCAGGUCGCUACCUAUCACCGUGCCAUUAAAGUGACUGUUGAUGGACCCCGGGAGCCAAGAAGGCAUCGACAGAAGCUUGAAGAGCAAACCAAAACCUAUGGGGAUCGCUUUGGGGAGCUGGAGAGGUUGCGGCACCCAAUGAGGAUCACUCCCACCACCCCCAACCCCCGAGGAUCCUUGACUGCUCCUGGACACUUUGGGACACAAGCACAGAGUCAGAUCCAAGGUACAUCUGAAUUGAGUCCGUUCUCUGACCCACGCCAGUUUGACCGGUCCUUUUCUGCAUUACCGGGCUUCACUGAGACCAGGAUGCAUUACCCCGGUGCAAUGUCGGCAGCCUUCCCUUACACAGCCUCACCUUCCGCCACUGGAAUUGGUGGCAUCAGCAUGACCAGCAUGCCCGCCACCACUCGGUUCCACCAUACCUACCUUCCUCCGCCAUACCCCAGCUCCACCCAAAACCAGAGUGGACCUUUCCAGACCAACCCUUCCCCUUACCACUUGUACUAUGGCACAUCAUCCGGGUCAUACCAGUUCUCCAUGGUAGCAGGGGGAGAGCGCUCACCAACGAGGAUGCUUCCCUCUUGCCCAAGUGCAUCAGCUGGAAAUAACUUAAUUAAUCCUAGCCUUGCCAAUCAGAAUGACGGCGUUGAGGCAGAUGGCAGCCACAGUAACUCACCUACAGCCAUGACAACUCCUGGGAGGAUGGAUGAAGCUGUCUGGAGACCGUACUGAAAGAGGACUAGGAAACCAGAUGCCUUUCACUCUUACUGAAUUAAAAUGCCCAACAUGUGCUAUGUUAGUUGGUCAUUAGAAAGGAGGCGAUAAUGAAAAGGAGCCGUCAACAACUUUUCCCAAUGCGCAUCACAUUGCUUGUAGAAAAUAUAGGUUGUUAAGUUAAUUCAGCAAAUGGAGACUGGAGAUGGGCUGAACUUUGUAUACAUUUCAAAACAAAACCCUCCCUCCCUCUUCUUAAAGUUCCUCUUGACAAAUCUCGAUUGUGUACGCAAUGUACAUAGGAAUGUACAGAUUGGAAAUGCUCUGUUCCUUUGUAGUGUUGUGGCUGAGUGUGAAAAGCCCUAGUCAAUCAUCUCAAAGGUCAUGAAAUUUUAAGAGUGAAUGAAUGAAUGAAUGUGUAUAGCUCUUCAGAUACUAUUGAGAAAGAUAUGUAAAGCCAAGUUAAUAUGAGGACAGGACCAGAAUGUCACCAUGCCCUUUCUAUCAUUCAGUGGUGGCCUUAUCAGGAGGCAGCAUAAGGUAGUCACAUCAAGUGGCGAAUCUGGAAUGUCAGGAUAUGCUGGAAAGUUCUCCUACACAAGUUCCAUUGAGGUGAAUGCAGUUGCUUAAUCUUUUAGCAGGGCUCGUACGCCAGGGGGAGGAGCUCCUCAGAUUUGACUGCAGUUAAUUUAGUACUGGGAAAGGGUGCUAUUUUGAAUUUCCUGCUUUAUACUACCAAAAUAUCGUACGCCAGCCGUGAACCUAUAUGGCCAUUUAACCACCACUCUGAAUACACCAGAUUCAGUUGGUGGGGUGAGGAGUCAUGAAUGGCAGCACAUACAGUAUCGCAACAGGUGUGAUCCAGAAGCAGUAAAAGCAGCUGGAAUCAUGCUGGUGAUCUGUUCCUGAGUGGGUUGUGGGCAGGGUUUUUGCUAGGUACUCAAGGAACAGGUUCCUGGCACAAAUUUGCAUUUGAUACAUUAUAUACAUAGAUACAAAUUUCUGAGCAAAUUAUGAUGGUAAAUGCAAAGGGUGUUACCAGAGCAUACUCAGCUAACUGCCCAAGAAGCAACAUCAAACAAGGCUUUAUUUUUGUUUCAUUUUUAAGGGGGGGGGAGAGGAGGAAAGGAGGUGGAGAUCUGGGACCAAGUGCAAAAGACCUGGGGCUCAGACCCCCAAUGGCCCUGGCUGUAGGUAGGGGUGGGGAGAAAAUUGAAUGUCACAUUUAAAGGUGAACUUACAUAAUUUGCACUUUCUGAAAAAAUACAAGAACCCAAACACUGUCAUAGCUCAAAAUUUGAAUGUCUCCAAAUUUUAUAAAGCAGUUCUCCAACCAGGUGAUGUGUGCAAAAUGCAUAAAGAGUCCAUCAAAAUGCUAAUAUUAGUGAAAAUAACUUGCAAAAAUGCAUUAUAUUAGGGGGAAUUGAAUUACAAAAUUGUGUACAUAGACAAUAUUAGGAAAAAUUCAGAGUAAAAUGUUGAUGAAUUUUCAUAAGGACUUAAAAAGAAUUUACAAACUUAUGUAGAAAUGUGGAGAACUGAGUUUAAGAUUGGGGAAAAUGAGAGGAACCAAAUUUAGCCCAUCCGUAAAUUAGCCCUUCUCUAGUUUUGGGGCUGAAUCUCUAGCCUUUCGUCUUCACCAAACAGACAAAUGGUACAUUCCAGCUUCCUUUAUGAGCCUAUGCAUUCAUCACCCAGUUGCCCUGUGCAUGCUGUACCCUACCAAGGCCAAAGCUCUGGUUCUCAUUAAAAUAUUAAACCUGUGUCUGAGGUGUACCACUUUAGACUGCUGCUGGGGACUUACAUUUAGAUGGUCUCUCACUAAAAUAAAGCAUUUCUGGGAGCAGAAAACCAGCAUAUCGGGGAUAGGUAUGGAGGAGAAAUUUGAUUCAGUUCAUAUUUAAAGUUGAAUAUAUCAAAUUUGCACUUUCUGAAGCAAUAAGAGAACCAAAAUGCAGUCAUCCGUAAAUACUUGCACUUAUCUGAAUUUUGUGAUGCAGCUCUGCAACCAAACAAU